AUGGCGGCGGAGCGGGAGCUGGGCCCCGGGGCCGCAGCGGGUGACCGGGGCGCGGCCGGAGGGUGCCCGUGCUCCGCUCUGCCCGCUCCUAGGCAGGGGCUCAUGGAGGAAGCCCGGCGCCGCCUGAGGGAGUUCGAUGUCGGGGACAAGUUCUGCCGCUUGCCGCUGCCCAGAGCCGCCGUGCUGCUGCCGCUCGUGGUGCGGCUGGGGCGGCUGCACCUGCUGCUCACCGUCCGGUCCAUGCAGCUGAGAAGAUCACCAGGGGAAGUGUGUUUUCCAGGAGGUAAAAGAGAAGCCACUGAUGAUGAUGAUAUUGACACUGCUCUCCGAGAAGCUAAAGAAGAAGUGGGUCUUGAGCCAGAGAAGGUGGAAGUCAUCUGUAGGCUGAUGCCUGGAAUUGAUAAAAUGAAUAACUUGGUGACACCAGUUGUAGGAUUUGUAGAGGAUACAUUUCAGGUCACUCCUAAUCCAGAUGAAGUGAGCGAGGUUUUUGUUGUGCCUCUGGAGUACUUUGUCAAGCCCUUAAAUUACAAGGCCUUCUCUUAUGAAACCCCCUCAGGUUAUUUAACUCGGAUACACUGCUUUACAUAUGAUGACCAGGAACAUAAAAGGUCAUUCAAGAUAUGGGGACUGACUGCACACUUUGCUGUAUUUCUUGCUCUUGUAAUUUUUGGAGAGAGACCUACCUUUGAAGUGGAUUAUGAUCUUGACAACUUAAUGUCAUCCUCUGAGAAUUACUUCUUUAAUUUGUAUGCAUCUAUAUAUGAAAGAAAGAAGAGUAAUCUCUGACAACUUAAUCUGGCAAUUAAUUUAUUUUGAAAGAGGAAAAACAAGGUUUGUUUAUUUCCUUUGUACCUAAUUUUUGAAAACUACACUUGAAUUUCUUCUGAAUUGGGAACUUCAAGUUGACAGUGCCUAACUAGAUUAAUGUAUUUUUAAAUCUCUUCUAAGAUUUGCGAGAAGCACACCAUAUUUUUUUGUGAAACAGAGUUCUAAAAGAUCUGUAUCAGUUCCUUCUGAGUUUCAGUGGCUUGGCUCUGUGUAAUCAGAGAUACUUUCUGUGGUUUGCCGUGUCUAUAAUGAGAUACGAUGACUAUUUGAUGUAAUUUGAUGUAAUAUGAAAACUUCAGGGGACCUGUCUGUCUCUUACACGGGCCAUACAUGGACAACGUGCUCCAUACAGCCCUGUGCAGUAUCUUUAAG